AUGCCAGGCGGUUAUAUUCCCGGUCUUCCACCUAUCUACCCAAAUAGUUGGAUCUCUUCAGGAAUAUCUAACAUGUCUCGCCUAGAACCUGCUGACUCAAAUUGCACCUAUGGAAUUCACUGGAUAUGGGUUUCAAUGGGACUGUGUGUUAUGGAUAUUCAAGGUGGCAUAGCCUUAUUUUGUGGAAUUCUAUGUUUAUUUCUUUGGAUUGCAGUAGGUAUACCUCAAAUUGUUGAGAAUUUUCGGACAGGAAUUGCAGACAAAGCUCUUUCUCCUAGUUUUCUUUGCUUUUGGACUUUCGGUGAUGUUUGUAACCUGAUAGGUUGUUUUUUAACACAUCAACUGAUUAUGCAGAUUGUUGUGACAGGGUACUGUAUUGUUAGCGACUUCGUCCUUGUGUUUCAGUUUAUCUAUUACAAACAUCGUCAUAAGGCUAUCUUACGUCGAAUGGCUGCAGCUUUAAAAGAUGGUGAAGUAUCUUCGAACUCAAGCUCUUCUUCUCCCAUUAUUUGUGACGAAUCUGAACAACAUAAUUCACAUCAAGGAUAUCAAAGACUUUCAGUUGGUUUAGUUGGUGCAGGAUGUUUAACUUUGAUGGGCGUUUCUUUAACUUCUAUCGAGAAUCCGUUUGAUACUUAUGUUAUUAAACAAUCAGUAUCCAGUGGUUUACACUCCCAUUCAAGACAGUUAUUGGAGUGGAAACAAUAUGAAUCAACAGAUCAUCCAUUCAUAAAUUCAGAUCCUUUAAAUGGUGGUACAGUUAUAUUAGGAUAUAUUCUUGGGUGGAUUUCAACAUCCAUGUACCUGUUCUCUCGAUUGCCACAAUUAUUUCGCAAUUGGAAACGUAAAUCAACUGAAGGACUGUCUAUAUUCAUGUUUUCUAUGGCUGUUACUGGGAAUAUUUCAUAUGGUAUUCAAAUUUUACUUACAUCUACUGAAAAAAACUACUUAAUCCGAGCUACACCGUGGCUUGUUGGGAGUUUCGGUGUAGUUUUGCUAGAUAUUUUUAUGUUAUGUCAAUUCUUCGUUUAUCAAUUACAUCAACACGGAAAUAAUAAUGACAGUAAUAAUCAAGAUCAAAGGAAUUUAUUAGAUACAAAUCCCAAUCAAACUGAAACAGUUUAA